AUGGCCGAUUCACCAGACGAAGCGGCUGCUGCCGUCUCAGAACCCCUCGAUCUUGUCCGGUUAUCUCUCGACGAAAUUGUCUUCGUCCGACUACGAGGAGACCGCGAACUGAAAGGAAGAUUACAUGCUUAUGACAGUCACUGCAACCUCGUUCUUGGAGAGGUGGAAGAGACGAUAUACACCAUUGAAGAUGAGGACGAUGGAGAAGAGACCGUUAAGACUACGAAGAAACAAUCAGACAUGUUAUUUGUUCGAGGCACGUAUUUCCCGCAUGGCACUCAAACCUAG